CCCAGGGUCCUUCGUGUAAAACUGGAAACCCUAUAAUCCUCCCCCAAAACCUGCGCCCAUCCUGCGCCGCCGCCUCUUCCAAUCCCCUCCCCUGCCCCUCCCUGCUCACGCGUCCUCACCGCCCUCCGCCGCCAAGAUGAACAAGGAGAGGCUUAUGAAGAUGGCCGGCGCCGUCCGCACCGGCGGCAAGGGCACCGUGCGCAGGAAGAAGAAGGCUGUCCACAAGACGGCCACCACGGACGACAAGAGGCUCCAGAGCACGCUCAAGAGAGUAGGGGUCAACACCAUCCCUGCAAUCGAGGAGGUCAACAUCUUCAAGGACGAUCUCGUCAUCCAGUUCUUGAAUCCCAAAGUGCAAGCUUCCAUCGCCGCAAACACAUGGGUGGUCAGUGGAUCUCCACAGACGAAAAAGCUACAAGAUGUUCUGCCUGGGAUCAUUAACCAAUUGGGUCCUGACAACAUGGAGCACCUGAGGAGGAUUGCUGAAGAGAUUGAGAAGCAAGCGGUUGCUGCUGGUGCCACGGCACAGGCCAAGGAAAAUAACGAUGAUGAUGUUCCAGAGCUUGUUCCAGGAGAGACUUUUGAGGAAGUAGCUCAGGAGGCAAAAGCCUGAUCAUAGGACUCCAAAUAGUGAAAUGUGAGGUCAUGGUUUCCUUGUGAUGGCACUCUUUUGCAACCCCCACUUAGGCCAGCCACUCUUUGUAUUUGCAGUCGGAAACUUUUAGUUUCUCCAAGCUUUACCUAAAGUUAUGCAUGUUGAGAUGCCAUGGAAUCCAUUUUGCUGGUUUUUGAUGAUUACGUUUGUGGUUGGUUGACUAUAUACAUGAGCACCACUGCACCAGAUUUUGCGUGGUCACUUUAUAAUGUUUCUGUUGUCUA